GAAACAACAAUACAAAAACAACACAAGGAAGAUCUCAUAAGCUUUCUUCGUCGUCGUCACUUCCGUCUCUUAUGUUCGAUGGGAAGACUAAAGGAGUCAAGUCCCGUGAUUCUCCUCCUCCUACUCUUUCCUCUUCUUCUUCAUUCAUCAUCUCUCACGAAGGUAUUGGGAGAAUCUGAUUCUACCAGAGAAGGUAAUGCUCCAGAGAUACAUUGUUCUCGAGAAAGAAGUAGAGCAGCUUGGGAGAUUAUACAAGAUUAUUUGACGCCGUUUGUGGAAUGGGAAAGAUACCAGAUUCCAAACAAGUGUAGACUCCAUCCUGAUAACGACCUCUACAGAGAUCAAGAACAGCACAAGGUCCACGUGGAUAUAUACGAGUGGAAGUGCGGUUACUGCAGGAAGAGUUUCAAUGAAGAGAAGUUUCUUGAUCAGCACUUCGACACUAGACAUUAUAAUCUUCUCAAUACGAGUGAUACAAAGUGUUUAGCGGAUCUAUGUGGUGCAUUGCAUUGUGAUUAUGUGUUGAGUAGUUCCAAGAAGGGUAAGAGCAAGUGUAACCCUGCAGCUGCUGCUAAAAACCGUCAUCUCUGUGAGAGUCUUGCGAAUACUUGUUUCCCAGUGAGUCAAGGUCCUGCAGCUAGUCGUCUUCAUGAACACUUCUUACGGCAAUUCUGUGAUGCUCAUACCUGCACUGGAAAAAGCAAACCUUUUCCUAGAGGAGGCAAGAAGAAAUCAGGGGUCUUCUACCUGGCAAUAUCAAUACUAACCUUGAUGCUACUCCCACUCUUUUACCUGCUGGUCUUCUUACACCAAAGAGAAAAGAGAACAGGGACACAAGUGUUACGUCGGAUUGUUAAAACUGGAAAGAAAACAAAGCCUUCAUAAGCCGUCAAAACGAGAGUGUCACUUUGUGGGGGUUAUGAAGCUGAGCUACCAAUGGAUAUCAUCAGAUCGGUUUACAGAGAUAUAUGUGAUACUUAUGUAAGCUUUUUAGAGACAGUUGAUUCAUUUCACAGAAAUAGGAAUAGUGAUUUCUCUAUAAUCUUCAUACAUAUCAAUGAUAACAUCCAGUUUGGAACACCAUCCUUAGGGCAUCUCCAACCCAACUCCA